UGAUUUUUAUCACGCUUGCUGUAGCCGUUUAGUGUUUACUAUAGUUGUUGCAUGUCACAAGUGUUCGGAACGCACACUUAUGUCGACAGUUUUUCAAACGUCCACAACCGAAUACUUGUAGUUUAUGUUUUGAAUAUUGCAAAAAUGGAUUUAGAAUUCCAAGAUGUCCGCGCAGAAGUCAAAGGGAUCAUGUGUUCCGGACGUCUCAAGUUCACCGACCAGAAUAUCGCUUUUAAGAAUGUCAAGACCGGCAAAGUAGAACAAUUGACGUCUUCGGACAUUGAAUUCGUCAACUGGCAAAAACUAGUCGGCACGUGCGGCAUAAGGAUUUUCCUGAAAAAUGGCAAUUUACACAGAUACAGUGGAUUCAACGAAUCCGAUCAAGAAAAAAUUGCAAAAUAUUUCAAAAAUACGUACAAGCUAGACAUGUUGGAAAAAGAACUGUCUAUUAAAGGAUGGAAUUGGGGUAGCUCUAAAUUUAACGGCGCGAUUUUGAGUUUUGAUAUCGGUAAUUUAACCGCAUUCGAAAUACCAUUGAACAAUGUAUCGCAGUGUACGACCGGAAAAAACGAAGUCACGUUGGAGUUCCAUCAGAACGACGAAGCGCCAGUCAGUCUUUGCGAAAUGAGAUUCCACAUUCCAACGGCCGAGCUGGCAGGCGAUCAAGAUCCUGUAGACGCUUUCCACGAUCAAGUAAUGAAACAAGCCAGCGUUAUAUCAGUGUCCGGCGAUGCGAUCGCUAUAUUCCGUGAAAUGCAAUGUCUCACUCCUCGCGGUCGAUACGACAUUAAAGUGUUCCAAACGUUCUUUCAACUUCACGGCAAGACGUUUGACUACAAAAUUCCGAUGACUACCGUGCUCAGGCUGUUUAUUUUGCCGCAUAAGGACGGCCGUCAAAUAUUCUUUGUCGUCAGUUUGGAUCCGCCCAUAAAACAAGGUCAAACGCGGUACCAUUAUUUAGUGUUGCUGUUUAACAUGGAAGACGAGACUUCUAUUGAACUUCCAUUCACUGAUGAAGAAAUCGAGACUAAAUACGCUGGAAAAUUAUCCAAAGAAAUUAACGGUCCGACAUACGAAGUUCUAGCACAGGUCAUGAAAGCUAUCGUUAACAGGAAAAUUACUACUCCGGCCAGUUUUAAAGGACAUUCGGGCACUUCAGCUAUCGGCUGUUCGUACAAAGCGGCUGCCGGUUAUAUUUAUCCUCUCGAACGAGGAUUUAUAUACAUACACAAGCCACCGAUACACAUUAGGUUCGAAGAAAUUUCAAGUGUGAAUUUCGCCAGAGGCGGAGGUAGUACACGUUCAUUUGAUUUUGAAAUCGAACUGAAAAACGGCGUUAUCCAUACGUUUAGUAGCAUAGAGAAAGAAGAAUACGGUAGUCUGUACGAUUUCAUAAACGCUAAGAAAUUGAGAGUGAAAAACACCGGAAAAUCAGAUAAACCAGCUUACACCGGAGACGACUACGGCGAUUCAGACAACGAAGGCGAACCCGACGCUUACUUGGAACGCGUUAAACGUGAAGGAAAAGAUCGAGACGAAGACGGCGAUUCGGACUCGAGCACGGAUGAAGAUUUCAACCCCGACGCUCAAGAGAGCGAUGUGGCCGAAGAGUUUGACAGUAACGUAUCGACGACGGAAUCAGAAGACGACGAAGAAGGCGGAAAGUCUAAAGAGAAAAAGAAGAAGAAGGAAAAGAAACCGAAAAGCGCUAAAACUAUUUCUGAAAAGCCGCGUAAACCGAAAAAAGCAAAGAAACCCGAUGACGGUCGACCAAAGCGCGCCGCUACUGCUUAUAUGAUAUGGUUCAACGAAGCCCGUGACGAGAUUAAAUCGAGUAAUCCAGGAAUUUCUUUCGCCGAAAUCGGAAAGAAAGGUGGUGAAAUAUGGAAAAAGAUGACUUCUAGCGAUAAAUCGAAAUAUGAAGAAAAAGCCGCUAAAUCUAAGGAAGAAUACACAAAAGCGAUGAAAGAAUUCAAAGAAUCCGGCGGAGGAGCCGAAUCUUCUAAAUCGAAAUCGUCCCCAUCGAAAUCUGCGUCCAAAAAGUCUUCAUCGAUGAAAAAAGUCGUGACUCCUGUAAAGAGUGGAUUGUAUAUUUCCAAAGAGUUUAUCGAAUCCAGUGACGAUUCAUCGUUAAGCGGGAGUGACAAAGAAAAAAGUAAAAGCAAAUCAAAAAAAGCUUCGUCAGAUGACUCGCCCAAUAAAAAGAGGAAAAACAAGAGUUCAUCUAACGAAUCGAGCGAAGAAGAGAAACCCAAGUCAAAGAAAAAAAACAAAAGUGAAUCCGAAGAAGACGAAAGCAGUGGAAGCGCGUCUGACGUGAGCGAUUCAGAUUAAAAAUGUAUUUGACAAAAAAAAAAAAGAAGGGAAAAAAAUGCAAACUAUCAUAUGAAUUUUUUUUUUGUUCCAUAAUUUAUUAUAAGUAUUUUUUUAAGUGUAUUGUUAAAUAAAUAAUUUUUAAUGCUGUA